CCUCGGGCGCACACUCUGUUUACGCGGUGGCGCGUUCUGCCUGACGGUACACAAACAGACCGAAAGGCGUCUAUACCUAGUCGCGGUCGGAUCAUUGUGCAUCUCGUUCGAACCGACAUGAGUGUUGCCGUUGAUGGUCAUUGUCUUGGAUGCUGAAAGGAGAAUUAGUCGCUGUUAUAAAUAUCUACAGAUAGACAUUGAAAUAUGAACAUGGUCCAUUUGUCGGUGAUCCCUUUGGCUGUGUGGUGGAGUCUCUUGGGAGUUGCAUCCGCCGUUAAUCCGUUCGAGAAUGAGAUCGAUUCCGAACAACAUGACACACAUCAUCCGAAUCCAAAGGCUCCCGCUAGCGAACUUUUCGCUGAGGUUGACAUUCUGAAACUGAUAAACGUAACUGCCAAGGAUCCUGGUGUAUCGCUUAUAGAAGGACCCAUAUCAAAGUUCCCGGCCUACAAAUUCAGACUACCCUAUGGCAACGUUCCCCUGCCCAGCUCAUCUGUGGUUACAUCUGUCAUGAAUAAUACCAACGGGUUCACGGUGGUCUUCAUUAUGAGACAGCAGAAAAACAACCUAGGAACACUGCUUUCGGUAAAUUCUCCUGGUAGGAUAACACCGUGGUUCCAGUUAACAAGUAACUCAAGAACAGGGAUUUUGAGCUUAAAGUAUAGGCUCGAUGGGUCAAACAAGCCAAGGCAGUUAGACUGGGAACUACCAAAACAUCAUGGAAAAUCACCUCUGGCUGUAUUAGCCACAGUGUCAGUUUGUAAGUCUGUCAGGUCUGGUAACCCAGAAACCAGACAAUUUUAAGGCAAAAAACGGGAGGAAAGGAGAGAAGGAAGAACGAGAGCAAAGUGGAAGAGGAGAAUCUUUUAGGAUAGGCAGCGUUUUAGCGUGGAAGUGGUUAUCCGUAUCAGUGGACUUCAGAACUGGAUUUGUUCGGUUUGACAUGGACUGCCAGCCCAGCAGGUUUGACCACCUCGAUCCAAAUGAGAAAGAGGAUAGCAGAAUCACAAUCCCUCAGGAAGCCUUGGUGUACUUCAGACAGGAACCGGGUAGAAAGAAAAUAUUUUUGGGUUCGGUUCAAGUAGCUAAAGUACUUCCAUACGUAGUAGAUGGACGACUGUGGUCCUGCCUGCAGAUAGCAGAGAACUUGGCACCAGAGUUCAGAAAGCCUCUCCUGUAGAAACUGAUUUAGAGGAACUUCUGCACUCAUUUUGUGAUAUAAUAAAGCCAACGAAAUUGGGCGCGUGGUACAUUAAUUAUUAUUGUAUAGUUUCGUAAAUAAAACGUUAUGACUAUUUAUUAAUAUACAUAGAAGUAUUGUAUAAUAUGAAUUUUUAUUGCAGUUACUGUUUAACUGGAUGAAAACAAAUAAAACUGAUGAUGGCGUC